GGCCUAUUACUCAUUGACUGUGUAAGCGACUACAGGUAUACCCGAAGUGCUCGGCAGAAGUGGCGAAAACGGAAACUCGCUGUGUUUAUUCAUGGGAUAAAACUAUGUGAAAACGCGCUGUCAUUUCAUUUCAGUUGGAUAGUUUUAUACAAGGAGGUGUACUAAGUUCAUGAAAAUGGCUAGAUUUAACCCCAUUCAGUGUCUAGCGUGUGUUUUACUUUGGUCGCUGAAGGUUUCGGGAGACAGCUCUACGGAGGAUCACCGUUGUCACAAAGUUCAGCGUGAAUUUAUACACAAAAGGAUAGGUUCCUCAGCUUUAGUACCAAAUAAUCCCAUUCAUGAUCCCUCUGUUUCAAUAUGUUUUAAUGGUGCAAAAGAAACGGGCAGGAAGUCGUGUUGUACCAGCCAAAGUGAACAAAAAUAUGUGAUUGCUUCUGAAAAAUAUUUAAAAACAAGCAUUCGGACAAAAAAUGCAUACUUGAAAAAGUUACUGUUGGACCAUAUUUCGCAGUAUGAAGAGCGAAUAGCAAAUUUAGUGCAGAUGUCAGAGAACAGUACGAUACGUAUCCUGACAGACAUCUACAAUAUUCCGCGGGUCGAGCACCAAGCAAUAGUUCAAGAGUUCUACGGUGAAAUCCGACAGUACCUAAAACACAAGAAACACAUGACAUUGCGCGGCGGUGUCGCCGUGUUUUUUGACAAAAUAUUCCCAGCAGUUUACAAAAACACGCUGAACGAUGGAACAGUGACGGUUCUUUCACAGGAACACCACAAUUGCCUUAGACACAAACGUCAGGAAAUAUCACCGUCACCCUUCGGCGUUCUGCCGUCCACGAUUUCUUACAAGUUAAGUAAGGCUCUAAAUGUAGCAAAGUCCUACGUGGAAGUCCUGUCGCUUAUCGUGGAGGCAAUCAACACCACCGAUCACCUGACCAUCAACGGGAAAUGCAAGGAUCAGAUGACCCAUCUACAGUACUGUUCCCACUGUGAAAGUUACGUGGAGGCAAAACCGUGUCGCGGGUUUUGUCUCAAUGUCAUGCGAGGGUGUUUAGCGCAGUUGUCUACCCUUACCCCAGAAUGGGAGGGGCUUAUCAGACGAGGCGUUCGAUUGGAGGGUGGCAUGAGUCAGACAAAUGACAUCGAAAAAAUUCUGAAUGGUGUCGAUCGCAACAUUGAUGCAGCUGUCAUGCAUGCUUUGGAGAGUGAAGACCUAUAUGACAGAAAUAUGAAGGCUCUUUGCAAUUUCCAAGUCACUGUGUCAACCAAAUUGGCCAACACUACAUCGUCGCACCACAAGGAGCGUGGACACCACCAUCAGGCACCACUCAACAGACGCUCCAUCGGCGGUGACCUCUACGACCAGGUGCUAGAGGUUAUGAAGGAGCUGUUGACGUCCCUGCGGAUGUUUGACACAAUGUCGGAUGUAAUCUGUGACCAGGAGCUUUACUAUAACCAGAACAUGGAAAGUGACCAGUGCUGGAACGGCACAACUAUCGGCAGGUACACUCCCCUGGUGGAAGGACUCUCUGCUUAUGUCCGAGCAGUCAAUGUUGACAUGGACCCGAAAAUUAACACACUCAAGGAAAAACUUUCUCAGAUGAAAAUCAACCUGUUGACUCGAUACAGUGAACAGGAAGAGUUGAUGUUCUCCGAUUCUGAGGAUCCACAUGCAAUGUUUCAAGGCAGUGGUGACACGCUACGGGGGCACCAUAGCUUCACCACGGACGACGAAGACUUAGAUGGCUCAGGAAGCGGCCACUAUUCCAUUGGAGGAGAUGAGGGAAGUGGUGGGGGCGAUCCCGACAAACCACACGAGCCUGUCAUAACGCGACACCCACCAAAUGUAGACGAUGGUAACCGGGAGGUGAAUCCUCAAGAUAGAGACGGUAACACAGGAGCAGCCUCACACUUCACGGUCUCCAUGGCAGCCAUGUUCAUCAGUGUAGUGGUAGCCAUUUUUGUAUGAAAAACAACAACAUAUAAAGAAAUUGUAUAUGCAUUAUUAUGUGUACCAUCAGAUGUGGUAGAGGUGAGAAUAAUAAUAGAUAUCCAUUCUUCUACCGAUAGAAAAUUGUUUAAAACAUUGGCAGGUACAUCACUUGAAAUUUUUGUAGUCAAAGGGAAGUAACUCUAUCAUAAAUUAUGUCAAAAAAACUUUCAAGCAUAUAGCAAUACAGGUUUCUUAUAGAUUUUGAUUGAAAUCACAGUUCUUUUGUCACAUAGCUAAAAACCAAGAGUUUCUCAGGACAGCUCAAGCUUAUCAAACUACUGGUCUCUCAUUUAUCAAUAUUUAGCCCUGGUUUAUGGGCUGUUCCAAUAGCAAUUUUAUUUUCAACUAGGGUUAAGGUUAUAGUGAAUAAACAGCAACAUUUUGAAAAAUCAAAAUCAAAAUUCACUUAUAAAAAGGGAAAAUAAUUUCUGUAUCACAAAUAGCUUUAUUUUUGUUUAAUUUAUCCAAUGCAAUUUGGUUUUUUUAAAUCAAUCUAGUGAAAAAUAUCAGUUAUCUGGAUUCCCUUUACCAAUCAGAUUUGUCCUUACUUUCUGGUAAUUUUACCCUUUGUCCUACAGCUACCCAAGAAUCAAAUACAGAAUGAAGUGCUAUUUAUUGUGAUUUUAUUGAAAUUGUUUGUCAUUAGUGUGUGUUACAUUGAAAAAAAGGUUUUAUUGGAAAAACAAAUUAUGAUUUCAUGAUAUAGUUGACUUGUGUUUUAAUGAAUAUAUCACCUAUACCAGGUAAAUAUUUUUUUCAUUCUGUUGAAUUUUAAGAAAGAAAGAUAAAAACAAUUGUCAGAGUAAAUUAUAACCUCUAGAUAUAUACAGGCACACAUUUUUUAUUUUUUUUUAAAAAUGUUUUUUACCAGUUAGUUUUCAAUCAAACGAUCAAUUUCAUUUUAAGCAUUCAAAAGAAAAUUUCACUUAUUUUCAAAGAUUGAAAACAAAUUAAUAAGACUCAUUACAACAAUUCAAUUUUAUCUGUCUUCAUACUUAUUUUAAGUGAUUUUUAAUUUUUAAUUUUUUUAAGAUAUUGUUCUGGUGAUGAAUCUUGAAAUACACACGUUUUGUUUACCAUUGAAAUAAUUAAGACUAAUUAUAGUUAAGACACUGUCAUAAUUAGGUGCAGAUUUGACUUUUUUCUUUUUUUUUCUGUUAUGUUUAAGAGGUUAAAUAUCAUCCUGUCUUUAGUGUUGAUAUGUAAAUGAAUAUAGAUAUUAUGUUUAUUGGUUUGAAAAAUAGUUGUGGUGAAAAAGUUAUAUGUCCAUUUUGUAUGAAAUAUGAUUUUAAUGUUUAACAUUAUAAAGAUACUGAACAUUUCAAAGAUAUAUGCUACCUUACUGUUCUAUCACCUGUGAUUUGUGUGAAAAGUUAUCUCCCUCACAAAAUACCUUUAUUAGCAUUAUUUGAAUAUAACUUAGGCUCUGAUGUUUAAAUCCUGAUUCAAUUAACUUAGAUUACUAAAUUAUUGAAUGAGUUUAUUAAAAAAAGUAAUAACUUCAAAACUGAAUGAUUGUCAAAAUUUGGGAAAUACAGAAAAUUAUCAAAAAAUGUUCAAAAUCCCUUUUUUUUAAAUUCAUGUUAAUUUAUUUAAUUAGUAAGGCUUUGAAGAACUGGCCCUUGUGUAUUAUUGAAAGAUGUCUCCAUUUACCUUUCAUAUGUGUCGGCAUUUAACUCACAAAACCCAAAUCAUAAUUCCUGAAAUGAACUUGUCAGUUCAUAUUAAGGAACUCUUUGGGAAAGGAGAUUUGUAUAAAAAUCAGGUAGCAUUAGUAUGUGUUUACACAAUGUAUUAUUUUCCCUGUACAAUUCCAAUGUCAUGUGUGGAUCUGAACUAUGAUGGUUUACAAUUUUUAUUAUUUUUAAGCAGUACAUAAUAAGUUGGUCUUGAUUAAGAUAAGAAACAUGUAUUGUGACGAUUUUGAAUUGUUAUAUACCAAAAGGUGUGUAUUAUAAAUACACAAAUCAAAGCUAAGUGAUACUACAACCUGUGAAUUGGGAAAUUCAGUAAGAAAUAUUUACUUAAAUUUGUGCUGGAAUCCUUUUGUUUAUUCUUUCUUUCAUUGAAUAUUGUCAAUAACUGUCUGUAAAUAAGUUAUGGCUUAAAUUUCUUGUUCUUAUGCAAAAGUUCAUAAAAAUUAAACGGUCAAACUGCACCAAUGAAGUUAACCAAACUCAAUUUCCUGUUCAGGGGAGAUCAUUCUAUCCUAUACCUUAGCUUUUGAAGAUGAUGUCUUGAAAAAAAUAAUGAUUUUAUUACUGAUGGCACAAGAACAGCUUAUUCCCAAUUGACAGUAAUUGAGCUGUGGAGAGUAAGGCUGUUGUCAUUACUCUCAGUACAGGUCUUGGUGUCUGUACUUGUUGCAAUGAUUGUUUUACCAUUGAAUGGUGAGAUUUUGUUUUAUUUGAGAGCUCUAAGCUCAGGAUAUUUUUGUUUUAGGAUAAACAACUUCAUAUAAGGAGUAACAUUGUGCUUGCAGUGCCAUAAUCAAACUUCUAAUAAGCAAGGAAAAACAUUUUUUAAAUUAGUCAAACCUGUAUUUUAAGGACUGCCCUUCGGAAUUAAGUCCAAAAAGUUUUUUCUUAUUGCAGUUAGUCUCUUAACUAAUUUUAUAAUUUUAUCUUUGAAUUGGAAGAGUUGAAAUGCGUCUUCAGGGGUGAAUGAGUUAAUACAGGUUCAAUCCACAAUGAAAUCACUUUAAUGGAGAACAUUAAAGGUGGUCUUUAAGUAGAGGUGGUCACAUGACUAAGGUUGACUGUAAUAAACAUUUCACCAGUAUGAACAUUUCUGCCAUUUGUAAUUCUCUUAAAUACUGAUUAUUUUUUUAAUUUCAUGAAUGUUUUUAACGUGUAAGUAUUAGUCAUACUCAAUGAUAUCAAGACUUAAACGAUACGAUAUUAGAUGCCUGCACUUGCAAGUCCUUAUAUGGAUGUUGUUUAAGGUAUGGUUGAUGAUGUUGAGAGCAACACUAAGAUGAUCUGUGAUCCUAUUAUAUUCUAAUUAGUGAUUAGAGCGGUGUAAUUAACAAAGUUUAUUGUAGUUUGAUGUCUGAUCUGCCGUGUAUGUAGAUGAUGAGACAGGUUAUGUAUAUGAUGACCUGUGUCCAGUUCAUGUCCAGUUUACUCAGUCUUGGACACGACCAACACUGUUUACUUCUUUUCCACUUCCAUGUUUAUUCGAAGAUUUUGGAAACGGUAGAAGAUUAUGUAAGAUGAAUUCCCUGUACAGCUGUGUGACAAAUAUUAAGCAAAAUGACAAUAUCUGUUAGUGGAAAGUUGUUCGACUCUUCAACUCAUUCACCCCUGAAGUUUCAUAAUGAACUAUUCCAACCUUUGAAUUUGAAGAGUUCAAAUGUAUCUUUAGGGGUAAAUGAGUCAAAGCUUUACACAUUGAUGAACUACAUUGGUUCCAUAAAGAAAGUCUGUGCCUCAGGGUCAUCACAUUAUUUAACAACAUAUUGAAUUCUUCAGAAAAUUCUGGCUCUGAAAAAUAAUUUUCAAUCGUUUGUAAGAAUUUGCAUUGGAAAGGCAAAAUGUUUAACUUAGUCAAAUAUGUAUAAAUAUUGCUAUUACAAAAUGUCUAAAGACUGUGAAGUCAUUCUCUUGAUGUGUUAGCCGUGUCCAAAACUCUGUAAAUGUUUUGUUUUAUCAUUGUUAUUGUUAUUUUGUCACGAUACACAUAAUGGUAGAUUACUUUGUAUGAUAUUAAUUGAGGUUGACCUCUAAGCAUAACCUUUGACCUAUUGACCCUGUUAUAUGAAGAGAGGCAAAUGUAGGGACAUGGUGAUCAACCCAAGUUCAAAGGGCAAGGUAAUAAACUUUAUGAGGUUAAAGGUCAAGGUGAUAUAGGAGUUCAAAGGUGAUUGUUGUUGGCUUGUUGGCUUGUCAUUCUGCACAGAGUUACUCAAUAGAAGCUUUCGGGUUGACACUAAGGGGUGGGAUGGGGGCAUUGUUAAGGUUUAUGGGAGGGAUAUUGAAGCCGAGGGUGGGGCUUGUUAGUGAAGGGAGGGUCCAUCUGGUUGUGGGAUGAUAUAAACAUGAUAAAUAUGUCAAUUUGGUGAGUGGCAGGGUUAGGGAAAAGGGGAAGGGGUAGAGGGAAGAAGGGGUAGGGCUAGGAGAGCGUGUGGGAUUAGAGAGAAGGGGCGGGGCCUGUAUCAUGUACACAUGUAUGUAUUAUAACUUUUGUAAAUAUACAUAAAUAUAUAUAUAUAAAUAUAUCGGUGUAAAUGCAAAAAUAGGUUGGUUUCUACUAUAUCUGUUGGUCAGCCGUCACCAUGGUUACCAUUGUACGUUGGUCCAGUUAUUACCAUGGCUCUAAUAUGAAUCUAUGCAUCAGAGAAGUAUUUACAUCAGUUACUAAAUAAUGUAUUUACACAGUGCAUUUUAGUUUUUUAGACAAUAUACAAAUGUCAUUUAGACCAAAUUGGUACAGCAAGAUGUAGUAUAAACUGACACAGGAAUGAGUGUAUGUAUGGGUGUGCGUGUUUAUGAUGUGAUAAAAAAAUAUUGUAUUUGUAAACGAACUUCUAAAUUUUAGCAUAAUCAGUUGAUGGCACAUUUGUAAAAGUCCAUCUGUUAUUGUAUUCUUUGUGUAAUUCUGAUUUAAUUACGUUCAAUUCCCCAUCUGUUCUUAUUGUGCACUUAUGAGUUUACAGAAAGAAAGAAAAAAAAAAAAUCUCACAUAAAGCUUCAACACUGUAAGAAGGAAAACGUUUGAGUAUAUUUAUAUUUUGAUUAGUUUUUGUUCGCAUGAAUGAGUUGUCACAAUUAUUCAUGCUUAACUUAAUAAAUCUAAGUCACAGGAACACUCAUGAUCAGUAUAGCAUCUUAUGACUUCAUCUUUGAUGCAUUUCAAAAUAAGAUAUGAUUUGCUGCAAACAAAGACUUUUAACACUUUUUAACCUCUUCAUUUUCAAUAUUAUUUCACUUUCAAUGAAUAUUCAUUAGAUCUGCUUCUCUACCAAGCCAUGCCUAAUUUAAAUAAAUAUUGUAAUUUUUUGCUGUACAUUAUUUGAAUAUUCAUCGCCAUUGUUCUGGCCUAUCAGUAUCGUUCAGCAGUGUACUUAAUUUUUUUGAACAGAAAUUUUAUUUACGCAAAUUUAUUUUCAAUGAUAAUCGAUAAGCUAAAUAAAAGUUUGUUUAUAAAUGGUGUUUUUUCAGCAACAGGUUUUCAGAUUUACAAAAACUUUAUUGUUUAGUUGCAAUAAUCUUAAAGCUUGUGCAUAUUAUUUUUCAAGGGAGGUAACUCACAGGUCAAGCAGAUAUUGUAGAAUGCCAGUUUUUUCGUUUAUUUGUAACAUUUCUUAUCUUUUUGAAUCUUUCAAUUUAGAAGAUUAAAAAAGAAUUAAAAAAAAACAUGUUUUAUUUCUGCGACAAAUGUAGAAGAUUAAUAAAAAUUCUGGGUUUUUUCUUUCUAUAUUGUUGUAUGUAAAAAUUAUUCAAAGUGUUUACAGCAAGAUGCUGUAUUCAAACCCAUUAGCUUUCUGUGGUCUCUGUUUUCGCUGGCUUGCUUUCAACUUUCCCGACAUUGUAUACAUAUCUUAUGUACUGCUGUCUUGUGUCUGUUGCAAAUCAUUCUGAUAAUAAAUUUCAGUACUUUUUAUAUUC